AUGAUAACAUCUGAUCCAAACUACAUGAAAGUCGUCGGAACAGUGGGAGUGUCCACAGCAUUCAACUUCAAUGGAGAAAAUCUGGGGAAAUUUCCAGGCGUUGCGGGUAAAAAUAAUAGUGCCGUGUCCCCCGAUGUUAUCGACUUCAUAGCAGAUUCUAAUCCGAAUCGCGGCCCCGUUUCAGUCGCUGCCGUGUCUCCGGAAGUGGUACACGGCAAGUGGAUUGGACCGAACAGAGGCCCGGCGGUUCUGACGUCGGCCCCACAUCAUGAACCGCCUUCUAAAAGUCGGAGAAUCGGAGGCUUUGGAUUCACGAACUCUCCUAUAAUGCAAGUUGCAUUUGCGUCUCCGGAACUGGUAGAAGGUCCGUGGAUAAGGACACCUACAAUUCCGACCCCUGAACCCAAAACGACAAUGAGUGCGUCUCUUGAGAUCGUGGAAGGACCAUGGAUCAAAGAAGAUUUUUCCUCUGCAUUUCUUGAAGAAUCUCAUAGCUCACCCUCUGAAUCUCAGAACGAAAUUCUCGUCGUCACCACUGACCUACCAACAGAUUCAGCGAGUAUAAAUUAUGAAACUUCUGACAUUCCUGCACCAGAUUCAAUGUCAGCCGGCUUUUCCAAGUUGUCAACUAUUACUGUAGAUCACAAUGAAAAACACUGGAUCUAUUCGAAUAACACAGAUUUUGCUGCUGAAAAACCAAACGCGACUUAUACAGUAAACAAAGAACAAAAGCAGUCCGCUGACGGUGCUCUGACAUCAAUUGACAAAAUGCUUACUCCUAAAGAAGAACUUGCUAACGGGUAUGUUCCCGAAUCAGUUCUUCAGUCAAAACUUGCAAAGGAGCCAACGAAAGUAAAUGACAAGUUAACUGAUGGAACGAGUUUCAAUUCUACCAAUCAUCAUCCACCGUCAACUGUGUCGAAAAAUGACUCACCAGAAAUCACCAAUGAAAAUGUGCCUUCUUUGAUUCUGCCUAGCCCCGGAUAUCAAGAGUUUAAGCCCCCGAGUGACAAUGAUGUCUCAUCGACUAAAGCGAUCUUGUAUGAAGGAGCAUUGACCGAUUCAAGUGCUAAUCAAAAUCGUAAUGACAUCCAAAAUGAUUUUGUCAUGUACCCGGAUUCUUCAAAAGCCGACCCUCCAUCAGCUAAUAAGGUGCUGCUGCCCUUCAACCACCCUAAAGCGAUAUCCGUUGUUCAAGCACCUAGUCUGGGUUCUCAAAUAAUUAAUAAACGUGAGCCCGGUCUUUCAGAAGCAAGGUCUCCCGGGAAGUUUCCUAGCCGCUUACCUUACGAUCGGCCACAUUUUGUUGUGCCAGGUCAGGAACCAUCCCAAGAAGCUCUCUACAGCUUGGAUGAAAUGUACGGCAGAGAAACACAUAAAGUCCAGUAUUUUGUGGGUGAGAAGGCAGAAGCGAUGAAGAAAUCUGUUCCUCUGGCCACGGGAACUUCAAUGCCACCUAAUACCCAUAAAGACCCUUUUCCUAGUUCGAUGUCCAGUCCACAACGAUCGCAGUUUGCUCACCAUAGCAUGCAUGAUCGACCUCGACUUCCAUCUUUAUCCUAUACUCCUCCGCCACCAAUAGAGCCAAACCUCCUGCUCCUGCAACAUGCCGAAGAGAAACGCAAAACUCAAAGUAUGCAUGAUCCUCCUUCCUUAACGUAUGUGCCUCCUCCACCGGGAAUCCAAUUGCAGGCCCAGCCUUAUGAUUCCCAACAGAGUAGUUACAGAAGACCUUUGAUUCCGACGACAUUAACAUCUUCCACAUUGCAAAAUAAUAAAAUUAUUAGCCCUCUACCAUUAUCAGAAGAUGGGUCCCAGUUUUCCCAACAGUUCACAGUACCAAGACAAGAUUCGAUUGUUCGAGUUCUCCCUCUCGUUAGUUCUUACGGCGUUACCACCGAAAUUCCUCACAACUUGCCUCUCAGGAACAGUACCAAAACCACUCCCUCAUAUGAUCAGGCACUUCGAAAUUUCUCACCUCCGGCAUCGUUAUUACAGCAAUUUAAUUUGCUAAGGUCUUCCCCCUAUCGUCCUGCAUCUGAAAUUCUUGCUCCUGUACAUACUCAUUCCAACGAUGCAGUGACUUCAUCUGCCACAACGACUGCUGUGUCCCUCAUAUCUAAUAUUGAUGACAACGAAGAGAAUCAAUCGAAUCUUUACACUGAUUUUGAAAAUGAUGUUAAUCAUGAGACCAUCUAUAAGCAUGAAAAGCCAGAAGUGGUUAUUGCCACGCCAUUGCAUCAAGAUAAUUUGGUUAGUGAUAGCGAAAGUAACUUUUUGCAAGUCUUCCGUAAUCGUGAAUACGAAUUUGAAGAAAAAGAGAAAACGGCUGAGCAAUCUGAAAGACAAUUAGAUGUAAUUGGCAGUGAAUACGAUUCAAUUUCUGCUCACGAUCACCAGAAUUCUAAAAUGGAGAAACUCGAACCUAUUAACGGAAAACUUGAUUCUGGGAAUGACGAUGAGUUUUCACCGUCUCUUAAAAAUAGAUCCGGCUCAUCGGUCCAGCAAUACAAUAAUAGGACCGGAUCAUCAGCCCAGCAAUACGACAAAAGGCCCGGCUCAUCAGUCCAGCAAUACGGAAACAGGCCCGGCUCAUUAGCCCAACAAUACAAAAGAUCCGGCUCAUCAGCCCAGCAAUACGACAAUAGGCCCGGUUCAUCAGCCCAGCAAUACGAUAAUAGGCCCGGCUCAUCAGCCCAGCAAUACGACAAUAGGCCCGGCUCAUCAGCCCAGCAAUACGUCAACAGAUCGUCGGAGCCUGGUGCUCGAGAAGAAAACUUUCUUGUAUCAUCGAGCGGUGUUGCUUCUCACGCUCCAGAUCUUGCAGUAAGCGCUGAUCCCGAGGCUUACGAAGAUUACUCUGCCAGCGACGUGCAGCGUGAUCAGUCCAGUGAUGUACAGUACGAUGAUGAACGCCAUACGAACGUACACGAUGACAACACACAAUCGGAUGCAAGGAAGCCUCAUGAUGGUGAUGAUGAUAAUGAAGAUAGUUCAUAUGAGGAUGAUACUCAUUAUAGGGAAGUUCAUCGUCAAGGCUCUAGGGAUAAAAAAACUCGUUACGAUUUAGCGAAUGGCGGUAAAAACAGAAACGACGUGCGUCGUCACGAUGCAGGUAACGACGAUAACCAUCGUCAUGACGAUGAUCGACGAGAUACCGUCACUCCCUAUGCCGUUCGUCGUAAUGCUUCAAGUAACGAGGAUGAUUAUCUCGACGACGAUGAGGGUGAUCAGAGUAAUGAUCACUCUCACUCAGAGCUCAGGAUUGCCGAGGGACGCGAAUGCUGGGCAUUCACUGACCAAGAGCUCAUCAUUAAUCCAGAUGCUGACGUCUUCAUAGGAGUGGCCAUGCCUCUUUCUUCAAGCGUUGGCCUCACUGCAGAGUGUGGGCCUUUACAGGGCGCCUGGGUUGCAGGCCUCGAGGCCCUCAGAUGGGGCCUAGCUCGCCUCAACCAGCGCAGGGGACAGGUUGGCCAACGAAUCGUCACCAACGCUUACGUUCCGGGCCUCACUUUCGGAGCACGUGUGGUGGACACAUGCGACCGAGACUCAGCCAGCGCUUCGUCCCUACAGACGUUCUACCCACAACUGCUGGGUGCCUCGCAGUGCCCCCCUCCUCCCGCCCUCUUCGCGGCGGGUGUGAUCAACCUCAGCUCCCCUAGAUCACAAGCGUAUCCUGGUCUGCCAAUCCUCGACCUCAACCCAACCCUGGUGGCGCCUGCCGACGAGCGAGCUCAGGCUAUCCUGCGCGUCGCCGCUGCGCUGCAGUGGAACCGUACGCUGCUGCUCGUGGAGCAGCGCGCGCCGCAGAAACAGAUGGCGCAGUUGAUAACGCGCUUAUCGCCGGCUUUUAACGUUUGCAUCAGCGUUAUUGAACAUCUUCCUGAUGACGUAAACGGCCUGGCGCAGGAGCCACGGCAGCGCGAGGCCGUAGGACGCGUGCGCAGGAUGCUGCGCUUCGGAGGCCUGCACGGUGUCGUGGUUCUCGCGUCAGGCGCCGGCCUGCAGCAGACGCUGUCAGCACUGACGUCGGCUGCUCCUCAGCUGCGAGCUGACGUACCUUGGCUGUUGACUGACGUUCCGAAUUCAGCAUUUGACAUCAGCAGGAUCGUUGCGACAGGCGUGCCGCUGCUGCUGCUGACAUCCGGGGCUCCUCUCACUGAGUUUGAAAACCAUUGGCAGCAGCUGCCGCUCUCGCUGACUGAGGGAACGCCAUCGAGCGACAUCUUUCUGCAGUACCUCCAACAGCAGACCAACUGCAAGGCGCCGUUAGAAGAACAACGUCAAGGAUCUGCGUAUCCGGACUGCCGGUCUGCGUCUUUCAUCGAUAAAGCCGCCGGUAACGUCAAAGGCUUUGACGCCGUGCAGAGAACACGGGCCGUAGUGCCGGUCUUACACGGACUCUUCACACUCGCCAACGCUGUGCAUAACGCCUGGCGACGAAAAUGCGAUGGGCGUCCCGGAGCCUGUACCGCCCUUCAGUCACUCUCACUGCAGGAUUUCUACUACAAUUACUUAUCAGUAUUAGAAGCAGACCACAUGGGGCCUGGGUCCCGCAGUCCUCUGGGCCUCACGGGAGGUAAAAAGUCCCAAGAUCCAGGGGCCCAGCUGGCAGGGUCUAGCUUUGCAUUGCACAGGGUUCAAAAUUUCGACGGCAGUAUCAUGACCUCGUUGGUUCUCGAGGUGAUCAACGGCGGCAAGGAGGUGCAGAAUCUAUCGAAUUUUUCGUUGCCGCAUCAACAAAACCCUCGUUGCUUCGGCAAGCAUUGCGUCAAGUGCCUUGCUGAUGUACCUGAGCCAGCGAAGCAGGUGCCACAGGAUCAAAGUGCUUCACAGGCCGAGCCGUUUGUGCUGCUCACGUCCCCUCACGACAUCUACGUCGUGGGCAUGUUUGCCGUGCAUGAACCAUCACAAGACGGAACCGGAUGUGGCCCAGCAGUGAUGGCAGAGGCAAUCCAGGAAGUGGAAGCGAUGAUCUGGGCGAUCCAGCAAAUCAACAGACACAACCAGCUGCUACCUAACACACAGCUGGGAGCUGUCGUACUGGACACUUGCGGUGCCCAGAUACGCGCCACGAACCAAGUAACGAGUAUCAUCAAAGGAACACAGCCCGGCUUGAACAUAGGCUUGGACAACAUUUAUGCCUUCAUAACAUCGCUGGAGCUGAACACGGCAAAGGUGGUGGGCGAGAUGUUGGCGUCGCUCAACAUCACGUCGAUCAACCUCGGCCAGUCGCUCGCGCACUCGCCGUUUGCGCUUCAGAUGAGCCCGCCUCCCAACCUCGAGGCCGAAGCAAUCGUACAGGUGCUACAAUAUCUAGGCUGGGACUUCGUGUCCGUGGUUGUAUCAGGCGGUAUGGCCGAGUACACCGUGGGGGCGGCCGCCCUGCACACCGUGGCCCGCGCAGCCCGCGUCUGCGUGGCCUUAGAACUCAGUCUCACCACCGGACCUGACGAGCUCACGAACCGUGAUAAAGUUGACCUGCUUGAACCGAGUUCAGCUCCGCCCGGCUCUGUGCUGCUGAAGGAUGGUCAGCAGGACGUGAAGGACUUCAGCCUGCACUACAGGCUGCUCACUCCUGAGAACAACACGCGUAACCCUUGGUUCAGGCAAUUUUGGAAGCAGGAGUUCGGGUGUGGUGAAAGCGUGUGUAGUGAAGAGCACACUCACCACCCGCCUGUACUGCCGUACCGCCCCACGCCCCCGACACCGCGCGUCGUGCAAGCUGUCUUCUCCUUUGGUGCCGCCCUCACACAGCUGCUGCAGCACCUCUGCCCACACGCUGAUGGUCACAUGUGCCCCGGCCUCACUAGGUGGCGCAGGCGUACGGUGCUGAACGAGUUCCUCCGCAACACAGAGGUGUCGAGGGUGGACAAGCCCCGCGAGUUCUUCCAGUUCACUGAAAACUUUCACGGCAAUGCUCCUCUUGAGGUCUUGAACGUACAAAGAACUCCAGUAAGCUCCUCCCUCGCCCUUCCAGUUCUCAACUCUGCGGCCAGCGAAAAUUCUCAGCUCAAUUACGUCCAGAUCGGUCGUUAUUUCAACGGCGAACUCUCGAUGAAGACCCCCAUUGCCGAAGGUCCUGAUAGGAGGCUGGUAUCUCUAGACGAGCUGCCUUCCUCUUGUACGGCCUCAUGUGCCGCCUCCUGCACCCAUCAGGAUACAGACUACAUCUUCGUCGAGUCUCCUGAUAAACUCUACAUCGUGGCGGCACUCAACGUCCAUACGACGGGCAAUAAACCUCUGGAGUGUGGACCUCUGAGAGGGGACCAGUUGCCAUCAUCAAGCCACAUCAUCGGUGUGGUGGUGGGUGGUACUGGAGAGAUGGCGCAGCAGGUUCUAGACAUCACACAGCCCUACGGCAUCACAAGCGUCGCAACGCUGGCUUCACACUCACACCUCGGCAACACCAGACGCUUCCCAGCAGUGCUGCGCCUAGCACCUUCUAAUGAUCUUAAAGCUGCGGCGCUGGUAUCACUGCUGCAGGAGUUCAAGUGGACGUUGUUCAGCGUGGUGUACUCUGACGGUGGCGAGGCUGGAGACGUCGCAAAGCAUCUGCUCAGGGAAGCUAGCAAACAGGACCUUCAGCCUGCGGUCACUGAGCCGGUUCCUCUUAAGGUAGAUGAACCCACUCACAUGCUGGAGGUUUGGGGUCACCUGGCAGAGGGGGCGCAGAAGGGCGCCCGGGCUGUAGUGUUGCUGCUGCAGCCGUCGCACCUGGAGCUCUUCCUCCUCACUGAGGCGUCCCUUCGGCACCAGGGCCUCCUCAGGCAGGGGGACUUUGUGUUCCUCAUGACUGAGUCCCCGGCACCUUACCUCAAAGAUCCUUCGCAGGGACUGAACACUCUGGUGGUCCAGUCGCUGAUGGGAACAGUUCCCGAGUUCGCUGAACAUUUCUUGAGUCUGUCCUUGCUGAAUCACACGUCGCCGUAUCCUUGGUUUGCUGAAUUCUGGGCGCAGGUGUUUGGGUGUCAGGGUGCCAGCUGCUUGACGGGACCGUCCCAAACACUGGGUGACGUCACGCGUCGUCUGAGGAUAGCUCAGGGUGUCGCCCCCACAGCUGAGGCGGUCGCGGUGCUCUCGGCCGCUCUGCACGCGUCCGUUGACUCGCUCUGUAACGCAACGGUGGACCCCAAGUGCGGCUCUGUAGUGUCAGACCCGAGGUUCCGCGAGACGAUGUACAGAGCAGCGCUGCGUGAGCGCGGCCAUACGUUGGACGGUCAGAGCUACGCCUUCGCCAGUGAUGGUCGCAACGAGCACGCCGUACUUCAGGUUUUGAACUACCGGGAAAUCGGCCAAACUCGCAUCCAUACACUUGUAAAAGUUGGCGAAUUUGGAGAGCAAACAGGUUUGCUUAUGAACUCUUCUCAGGCAUUGUCGUACGAUGCUCGUGGAGACGCCAGGCCCAUGACAGACGUACAAUCGAAAUGUGCUGGUCCCUCGCUCUGUGGAAAAUCUUCUCAUGUUUCAGAAGAAGUUAAAACGUCCGCUGUAACAGAAGUUAUUGUUGGGGCCAAGAAUGCUGGCGAGGUUAACUACAUGCAAAUUUACCCGGAGAAGCGGUUUGGCAUCAGCGGCCUCGUGCCGUAUCAUAAAAAGGGCAAGCAAUUCUUUGCAUGUGGUGACUUCUUCGGCGAGGCAAUAUUCCAAAACUUGGUCGCCGUUGUUUAUGCCUUGAAGCAGAUCAACUUGAACACUGAUGAUGAUCUUGGCUUGGGCGCCAUCUUUUUCGACUACUGUGACAGAAACGAACGUGCGCGCGAACAAAUGUUCAGUUUCUACUCGGGAGCUACAGCCGCUAACGAUAUUUCUGUUUCGAUGACCCCUGAUCGUAUUGUGGCAUCAUUAAGUUUCGACGAUGAAGCUGCAGAGUCGGUAUCCUCUAUCUUGUCCUCUAACCACAUCCCGCACUUCAGUUCCCCAGUGGCAGAGGUCAUGAAAGGAUACAGGAAGGAUGCCAGUAUCAUCUCAAGCGUUCCCUCAAGGACAGCAGAGCUUCAUGUCUACCUGAGCAUACUAAGGGAGUUGAACUGGAAGUAUGUCAGUAUUAUAUUUGAUAAUGAUUCCGUAGGAAAAUAUUUAGCAAAAACAUUCAAGAAAUUAGCUAAAGCUGUUCACAUUUGCGUUGGGGAUACAUUUGGAGUCCAUAAAAUUGUGUCCGAAGAGUAUGCACAGGAGCUUGUCGAAGCUCUUUCAGCACAUUGGAAGCCACGAGUUAUUAUAUUGCUUGUUGAUGAUACAAGUAAUAUUCGAACCAUUCUCGAGGCCGCUCAAAGAUUUGGUAAAGCAGACACAUUUUUAUUCCUGGCUGGAAAAUCUUGGGGAAAUAAACCAGAUCUUGUUGGUGGUUUGGAUGGAGUUGGAUCUGGAGCACUUACAUUUACUCUGGAAACGUACGACUUACCAGAUUUUCGUUUGUUUCUUGCGAACAUGACUUUAGAUGAUCACGAACCAAUACCGGAUUCUUGGUUCCACGACUAUUAUCAGAAUCGUUUCGAAUGUCAUUUGUCCCUGGCAGAAAGAAAACUUGAGCAUUUCAAAAAAGAGUGUGAUGGUUCAGAACGAGUGCAUGCCGACGACAUUGUCCAAGAUCCGUUUGUGUUCCAUACUAUUCUUAGUGUUAACGCUAUAGCGCACGGAUUGGAUGCCUACAUGCGUAAACAAUGUAAAAACGUCGAAUCUAUACGCGAUUGCAAAAUAGUUCAGUCGGAAGUUCUAUUGGAGAUUGCGUAUCAAGGAAAAUCAACGCUGAACGACUCAACAGACACUUCGCUUUACACCCAAGGUGGUGCGUAUGGCUUCCAGCUUUGGAACUAUCGCGAUAUUGGAGGAACUCACAGCUACACAAGUGUUGGAAAAUGGGAAAAUGGCAUCAUUAAUUUAGAUUUUAAGAAUCUUCGCUUCAAAUCCGGAGAUAAGUUCAUACCGGAAUCCCAGUGCAACGAAGGAUCCUGCUUGGAGGUGUGUGCUUCUCAGUCGACUGUGUAUGCAGCCCUCCGUCUUCCAGACCCUCUUCCAAUUGACGUCAACUUCAGGAAUGUGUAUGGGAUCACCACCGCAACUCUGAGCCUCUUAGGAGUAAUUGUUAUUUUGGUUGCGAUCGUGUACUUCAUGAUGACUUUCCCCACCGCUGCUGGAACCUCUGUUUUAGGAUAUAUGAUUUUGACUGGAUGCUUGUUCAUUUACGCUUCGAAUUUUGCUUUUAUUUUCCAGCCAACUGUGGGUACGUGCGCCGUUCGUCGCUCCCUCAUGGGCAUUGGCUAUGCUAUAGCGUUUUCUGCCAUGCUUGUCAAGGUUCUGCACAGCUGGCGUCUAUCUUCAUACAACGACGAAGAAAAUUACAUAUCGCUUACUCGUCCUGGAGUACUGUUCUUUGUAGCCAUCAGCUUAUCGCUGGUCCAGGUGGUGCUGUGUAGCGCUUGGCUCAUUCUAUACCCACCCGCAGUUGAUCUUCAUGGAAACACUUGGAGGUGCACUCCGUCUGAAUAUUUCGAAUCCGACCUUGUAAUUUCUCUCGUUUAUGUUAUGAUUCUUAUUGCGGCAACGGUUCUAUUUAGCCUGGAAACAUGGCAGCACGAAGAAAAUUCCAAAGAAACGAGAUGGAUUCUUUUGUCUUCUCUCUUGAGCGUUGUCGUCUGGCUCGUGUGGACCAUUGUUGCCACGAAGGCAGAUUUUUAUUUCAGAGACCCGGCAGUGGUGAUAGGAAAUUUAUCCUGCGCAACCAUUAUCGUAUUAUUUUUGUAUGCUAGAAAAUUGUAUCUUGCAAGUCAGCUUUCGAAAGACGUCAGAGACUUGGAACUUCGGUCCCACUUUACCGCAGCGUCUUCCAUUUACAAUGCCUCUCUAGCAGCCCAGAAAAUGGGCACGGAUCCAACAAUGGUCACCGUACAGCAGAUAGACCCUAGCUUGGAUCAAUUCGACAACGACGAAUAUGACGAUGAAGAAGUCAAUUCAUCUGGCAGACAAUUCGUUGGUGGUCAAGAAGUGAGUUUCAAGAAAGUGACGCUUCCUCCCGACAUGUUGGCCCCUGGACGUAGAUCAAGAUUAUCAAAAUCAUCUUCUCUAGUGAGUCACACAUCUCGACGUCCUCCUCGACCUGUCACUAGAAAUUCCCUUGGACUUUCAUUUUCAAGAGAAAUUCCCGUAGAUUUCAAGUUUAACGAGUACGGCUCGUCUGAGGAAGACUACAUGGCGGACGCCAACAACUCAGAAGAAAGUGCGUCUGGUGAAAGUGCGUCCGAUCUUGACGGAGAUCUGGAGGGGAACGAGUCAGAAUCCAGAGACAACAGAGGGAAUCGUUCUAGUGAUACGGACAGCAGAAGAAGACGUACCUCCAUCCGCAGGAUCGGAUCCCGUCAAAUGCUUGUGUUUCUGAAUGACGGACACAUUGGUGACGUGUCAAGGAUUUAGGAGCGUGUUUCGCUCUACAACCAAUAAACGACAAAAAAAAUUUGCUCUCAAUGCACCUGAUUCUUCAAUUCAACAAACACGGAGGACUAAAUGCGCAAUACAUCGCUAAAUACAUCGCUUCGCUCGCUACAGGGAACAUUUUUGAAAUUUGAUUGCUUAAUUAGGAUGAGAAUCCGGCACCUCUCAGGUUGUCAGUAUACAGUUUUUUGUGAAUUCGAGAACAAUUAAAAGUUAUGAAAAAGUUAUUUUAAAAUAUAAUUACCAUUAUUAUAAGAAUUCGAAGGGAUUUCAAAUGUUGUAUUCACGCAUUAGCUGUUUUGAUAGGCUUAAUUUAUUAAUUAAUUAUUAUUCCGAAACUUCACUUAUCUUUUUUUCGAAGUUGAUAAAUGUUAUAGGCAUCAGCUGCUUUAUUCAUUCAUAAGAAUCAUUCGAUACAGUACAAUGACGCACGAAUUCACUUAUUCCGCCCACAAUCAAUAAUCUUAAACUUGGAUCGUACACUGAAAUUGCUGAUAUUUCAGCUUAGUAUUCUCAGGAAUAAAAAUGUCGUUAGGUUUGGUUUGUUAUGAAACUCCUGCGUUGAGAUAGAAUAUGCAUAAUACGAGUUUUACUGAUAGCGUUUGUUGAGGCUGGAGGUGGUACACUCAACAGAGCAGCUAAAGGGGCAUUCGAAUAUUUUGUAUAUAACUUUAUUUAACUUUAGUCGCUUUUAGAUUUAUUAACGAAUCAUAUUGAUUGAAAGCUAUAUUAAAAGUUUCAGUUUCUAAUAUCUUCAGUUUAUUAUUCUCAUUUAUUCUGUUCUAGUAACAAAAGGACAUGGGUAAAAAACGUAAAUUUCCCAGAUAUUUUUAAAACAACCGACUCAUGUCCGAAAUUGAUUUUGCCCAUUAAAUCUGGCGAAAUACAUUUUUGUCUAUUAUUGUUUGCUUGUCAAUGUUAAAGGUUAUUAAGACUUUAAUAGUGUUUUUAAUUUUAGCCGCUGAAACCUGAUUAAAAUAAGGUACCAUUUAAAGUCGCCAGAAAUUGCCAAGCAAUGAUUUUGGGCGAAAAUGUUUAGUUAUCAACUUUUUUAUUGCGAAGUUUACAAUGCACAAAAAUUUCCAUAGUUGUAUUGCCAUGAUGUUAUUUUUCUUGCUGUUUUUACUAGAUAUCAAAAUGAUGAAAAGUAAAAAAAACGCUUUAGCAAAUAAACAACCCAUUGGAAUAAAAAAAACUGAAACGAUUUUCUGAGAGGAUUAGGUGUUUAAAGAUAAUGCAUACAUGGAAAUGUUGAUUAUUUUAAAAAUACUAUUUUGGGCUUACUAUAUUAAAAGAGUCUGAGUUACGAUCUUAGUCUACUUCAGGAGUUGAAACAUGGCUGCAUGGCUAAAAUAUGUUGAUUAUGCUCCCUUCACAUCAUUGCUCCCCACUCAUCAUUUAGUAAGCUUGAAUGUUGGCUCAUAAUU